AUGAAACAACUGUAUUUUGUCAGUGAAACAGGUAUACAACAUUUGUCAGAGUCUGUGUUUGUGGGACUAUGUUGUGCAUUGGAGACCUCACAACAGGUGGCAAUGCGAAGAGAUGUGGCAGAUAUUUAUGAGAUGAUAAGCAAUAAAGCAAACAAAAGUACCCAUGGCAUCAUGAUGUAUAGUGGAAGUCAGAGAGAAGGGUUCAGAAUGAAGGGAUCUGAUUGGGAUUCCAUGUUUUGGAUGAACAAACAUCCAGUGAUCUGGGAUUUGUAUCAGACCCGGUUUUACAAUAUACACAGAGAAGCCCUGAUUCUCUCCGUCUCUUCUGAAAGUCCACCCGGAUUUACUUUACUUCAAUUACUGACACCAAGAGCAACAAACAGAGUUAUUUCAGCAUUAGUCACAAUGAAUGGUGGACGUUACAUAUCUAGUUCUAAAUACAGAGAUAUCACAUGUUCUGCAGUAUCGCUCAACUCUACAGUACAUGGCCCAUGUGGCAGUGGAGAUAUAGCAGGAGUAAAAUAUGACCAUGCCCAUUGUUUUGUUUGUGACUUUUGGCCUCCGUCUGCCUCCUCAUGGAAAGAUAGAUGUCACACAUGGCCCCAGCCACAGGUUGUUAGAGACAUAGUCAGAUGUGGAUGUCACUUUGUAGCAAUAGGGCACAAAUUAGGAAAUCAUGAAAGCAAUGAAUGGAGAAUUUCAUUUUCUUUGGCAGAACAAAAACUUGUGUACUCAAUGAACCACUGUCAAUUCUUAACUUACGGUUUGCUGAAAUUGUUCUUAAAAGAAGUCAUUAACAAUGGAGUAGGUGACGAUUAGAAAUUACUGUGUUCCUAUCACAUGAAGACAGCAGUUUUUUGGAUGAUUCAACAAAACACAAUACCUAACUGGUGUCCACAGAAUCUCCUGAAAUGUUUCUGGUAUUGCUUUAAACUCAUCCUUAAUUGGGUUUAUGAGGGAGUCUGUCCUAAUCUUUUCAUUCCAGAAAACAACAUGUUUCUCAGUAAUAUCUAUGGUGAAGCACAAAACAGAUUAUUUGUUAGACUGUUAGGUUUUUAUGAAAUAGGUUUAGCAUCCCUGCUACACAGUCCCUCCCUCAGGUCCUAUAUUGUAAAUGUCCUUUAUAACCCCAGACUCAGUGUUUGUACAGAUGAACAUGCUCUGGUGUCUGAGGUCAACUUUG